CAAACACACCAGCUGCUCUCUUAUGUGCCGGCUAUUUUUUUACACACUUUUCUACCUAAAAAAACAUGCAUGGGAAGUUUUAUACUCGCCUUUUUGAGCGAAUUUAAACUGUUGCUGAAAUAUGAAAGUGUUGGCAACUUUGUUGUUCAAUGGGUUGAAGAGUGUGGAGUCGCUUUGGGAGGGAAAUAACGGUACAGGACGCUAGCUCAAUGUUAGCUAACCAGCAACAGGUCGGUUGGUUGGUCAACUAGCUCACUGACAAAAAACGGCCAUGGACGGCGCGACUUUUUCAAAAUACUCCUGGAUCGAUUUCGUUUUCUCGGUGAUCGGGGUGUGCACCUUCCUGGUGGACUGGGGCUCGGACGUGUGGGUGGCCACCGAGUUUUACUGCCGCGGGGAGCUCAUCUGGUUCGGGGUGCUGGUCGGCCUCAUGGUCCUGUCGUCGGUCGUGGUCCAGAUGUUCAGCUGGUUCUGGUUCAAGUAUGACCGAGAGCUGCCGGGGUUCACCGCGCACACCAACGGAGGAACCGUGCUCUUCGGGGACCAAGUGAAGCUCUUCUGCUUGCUACAUGUGCUGCAACUGGGCUUCCUUUGCAGGCAUAUCUCUGCCAUACGCCAAGGCUUCAGGGUUUGGUGGCGGAAAGAAGAAGGGUCAGAGUACGCUGUUUACCUGACGCAUGACCUGAGCAUGCUCCGGCUUAUCGAGACGUUUUGCGAGAGUGCUCCUCAGCUCACCCUGAUGAUCUACGUCAUGCUGCACACAAACAAAGCCAGGACGGUUCAGUUUGUGAGCAUUGCUGCAUCAACCACUUCCAUAGCCUGGAUGGUGGUAGAUUACCACCGCUCUCUGCGCUCCUUCCUCCCAGACAAGGCCAAGCAGGGCUGGUGUUCCUCUCUAAUCUACUUCCUGUGGAACCUGCUGCUAAUCACCCCGCGUGUGGCGGCCCUCGCUCUCUUCGCCUCAGUCCUGUCUGGGUACAUCGCUGUCCACUUUGUGAUGCUGUGGUCUGUCUUUGUGUUUUGGGCCUGGCGACAGGGGACAGACUUCAUGGACAGUGCUGGUGGGGAGUGGCUCUACCGGGCCACCGUAGGGCUCAUUUGGUACUUCAGCUGGUUUAAUGUAGCGGAGGGUCAAACCAGAGGCAGGAGCGUCAUUUACCAUUCUUUCAUCACCACUGAUGGAGGGAUCCUGCUGGUGACUUGGUGGUGUUACAGGGAUCCUGUGCAGACUGAGUCCUACGCCCUCCCUCUGCUCAUCGCUGUACCGUUCAUCUACCUCCUGGGACUGCUCUUCAAAGCACUCUACUACUGCUGCUUCCACCCCAAGCUCUGGAGGCCUCCGGUGAGGGACCCAGGACUGCCUGAUGAUCUGCCAGAUGCAGAAGUGUCCUUUAGAGACUUUUCCAUCCAGGACGGGGCCCUGUCCUCCCAGCUCCUCAACAAAAGGAUGGCCUGCCAUGCUGUUAAUUUUUACUCCGAGAAAAGAGUCGUUAAAGACAUUGAUAGCACAAAUAAAGAAGAGUCAUCACAUCUGUGAUGUCUGACUUUUUGUUAGACAUUACAGUUUUCUACUGAUAAAUGUUACCUCCUUUGGCAGUGAUGCAACAGUCUCCUAUUUGUGCUGCAAUUUCACCAGGUGCUCAGUAGAACUUGAACCAAAAUACAGAGUCAAAAGCAGUACUUGAAAGUAAGAGUGGGAUAUAUGGAUAGUCAUUACAUACAUAGAUAAUACAUCUAUGAAAGCUAAUUUAAGUCAUUAUAAUGAGAAACUUUCUUGAAAUACUGGCUGAGUAUCUCCAAUAAUGACUUCAUGUUAGAGCUGCUGAAAGGGCUGUAGUAUUGCAAAAAUGAAGACUUAAUAUUUCAAAAUAAUGAGUUGAGUUACUACAUGAUUUUGAUAUAUUAAGUGAUUAUUUCAACAAAGUUUCUCAUUAUAAUAGACUAAGGAUUUUUCUUUUUGUCAUCACAAUACUAAGUAUGCAUCUUAUUUUUUUCUCUUGCUUGCAGAAAUGGGUUUCUAUAGACAUACAUUGCAAUGUAGAAGAUCCUCACUGACUAAUCCAGAUACCUGAUCACAUUGAUGAAGAUACCAUAUGAAAAUCCAGUAUUGCCAUAAACAAGUACUGCUUGUUGAUUUGCAGCCUAAUGACACUCUAUAUAUUAAAGGGACAGUUGCCACAUCCUAAACUUUAUUUAAAAAAUAUCUGACUGUUAUUUACUGUAUAUAUAUUUUUCUCAACACUACUUGAAACUGGGGGUACCUUGACAAGCUAAUUUCUAAUCCAGCAAAGUGAAGCGUUUGUGUUAUUUGAUACAUUUUCUACAAAGCAAAUUGUAUUUUAUUAUCUUUCAACAGGGAGUAAAUUUGUACAUUAUGGGGACAACUUUUUUCAUAAAUGCUGUAUGAUCAUAUUAGUUUGUUGUUGUUGCUGUUGUGUGAACACCUUGUAUUUACAAAAUACAAACGUGCAGGAAAAAAACAUGUUUUUGACGACAAGGUAAAUAAUAAAAAAAAGUUAUUCACAAUAAAAUAUUUGAUAAUAUUAAUGACAAUCAGAAUCUUUUGGACAUUUUUAACAGUUUGCAAAGUUUUCUCAAUGUAUGUAGAUAAUCUUGAAAUUUAAAUGUCCAUGGUUGGAUUACUGAAGUUUUACAAGGAUAUCAAUUUGUGUUGUAGUUUUUGGUGUUUUGUUGUUACAGCUGCUACUACAGGAACCUAUUGGAAGGACUUUGAAUGUAGAUUUAUUAAAACCAUAAGCUCUCCUUUUAUAA